UUCGUAUAUAAAGGAUGGAAAUUUCGCAAUUAUCUUUAGUUCGAUAUUCAAACAUGAAAAUAAUAGUAGUCAGUCUUUUGUUGGUGAUUUCCUUAGUUGGACAACACCAGACGAGCGCAAAAAGUGUGUCCAAUACCUUGGCCAACCAAAUCGGUCAGGAUGCCUCCACUUUCGGCAAUGAACUAGGCCAAGAGGUCAUUCAAUAUGGCCAAGAAGCCGCUAAAAGCGGCUUGAAGUAUGGAGAAGCAGCCGAAAAUGCCUCCUCCGGUUGGGAACUUGGAAUGGAUGGCAACAUGUUUGGUCACGAAUUGGGAGAUGAGGGCAAUUUGUUAGGACAAGAGGCUGCCAAUAGCGCCAUUAACUUUGGAAAUCAAGUCGCCCAGGAUGCGGAAGCGGCAGCCAAUGCAGAAAUAAAAGCGAAGCAGUCUGCCAAUCAAACCACUAAGAAAUCUGUCAGUAAGCGCGAUGUAUCAAGUGCCAACGAGAAUCCUUCGGUUACCUGUGCCUGCACCUGUUCCACCGAUGGCGCUGCUUCCAAGCUGGGAAAUAAGGUAGCAGAGUCGGCCGGAAAGGCUGCUCAUGAUGUGGCCAACGCUGCUGGAAAUGUGGCCUCGAGUGUAGCUGGAGCUGCUGGCACUAUUGGUCACGAUGCUGCUGGUGCUGCAUCUAGUGUUGCAAGUGCUGCUGGACACAUUUUCCACGACGCCGGCAAGGUUGGUGGUGACAUUGGAAACGCUGCUGGAAAUGCUGCUGGAGAUGUUGCUCAUGCUGCUGGAAAUACGGCCUCGAGUGUCGCUGGAGCUGCUGGACACAUCUUCCACGACGCCGGCAAGGUUGGUGGUGACAUUGGAAGUGCUGCUGGAAAUGCUGCUGGAGAUGUUGCUCAUGCUGCUGGAAAUGUGGCCUCGAGUGUCGCUGGAGCUGCUGGCACUAUUGGUCACGAUGCUGCCGGUGCUGCAUCUAGUGUUGCAAGUGCUGCUGGAAACAUCUUCCACGACGCCGGCAAGGUUGGUGGUGACAUUGGAAACGCUGCUGGAAAUGCUGCUGGAGAUGUUGCUCAUGCUGCUGGAAAUGCGGCCUCGAGUGUAGCUGGAUCUGCUGGACACAUUUACCACGACGCUGGCAAGAUUGGAGGUGAUAUUGGAAAUGCUGCUGGAAAUGUCGCUGGAAGUGCAGCGAAUGCCGCCGGUGAUGUUGCAAAUGCUGCUGGAAAUGUCGCUGGAAGUGCAGCGAAUGCCGCCGGUGAUGUUGCAAAUGCUGCUGGGAAUGUUGCUGGAGAUGUUGCUGGUGCUGCUGGAAGUGUCGCUGGAAGUGCAGCAAAUGCUGCUGGAGAUGUUGCUAAUGCUGCUGGAAAUGUUGCUGGAGAUAUUGCAAAUGCCGCAAGCAAUGUUGCUGGAGAUGUUGCUAAUGCAGCUGGAAAUGUCGCUGGAGAUGUAGCUAACGCUGCUGGAAAUGUUGCACAUGAUGCAAGCCACAUUUUCCACUCCAUUUUUUAAAAUGUUUCUCUAAUCUUCUUCUCAUUUAUCCUAAUAAAUGAACGAGCAUAUAAUGACCCAUGCACUUGUCAUAUUUUAA